AUGGUCAAUAUGGGUAUCAGAGAGUUGUUGGCGGCAUGCCUGGUGAUGACAGUUGACUCUGUGGUAAGUUAGGAGUAUAAAAAUACGUUCAAUUGAGGCAAAUUUUUUACGGCCAAGUUCCUGUAGUGAUUUAUUUUUAUUUUGAGAUUUUUUGAAGGUAAAACUUCCAAAAAUUUUUUUAAAAUCGUAAUUUUUUAUACGGCCUUAUAUAUGGCCAUACCCAAAUUUUGCCCUUUGAAAAACUAUCCAUUUGACAGUCCAAAAUGCUUGAAUUUUCCCGUUAUUACUUACAUAAUAUUCAUUGUUCCAGUUCUACAAAGGUUUCGAAAUCAGCCCACCAAAUCCGGGGGUUAUCGACCGAAACUUCCGGUUCGAGAACUUCCCCACUUUCAUCCAGAAGGAAGCCAAUUUCAACGCCUUCUGCAAGCAUCUCCCAACCCUGCUGACGGCCAUGUCCAGGGCGGACGCUGACGUUUGGGUUAAAAACUUUUGCUUGCGAACGGGCGAACAGGCCGCUUGCAAUAGUUAUUAUUCGGCGAAUGCUCGGGAACAGCUGAGAGUGAACGCGCAGAUUGAGUACUACGAGAACCAGUUCAACUACACGGCUGAGUAUCGCAAAUAUGUCGACAAGGUUUUGGUAGGUUCGGGUGGGAAAUUGAAUCAUAUCGAAACUUUUUUUCAUAGUGAAAAAGAUAUGGCCAGAUCGAAAAAAUGUGGCCAACUUUUAUAAAACAUAGUCAAGUUGAAAAAAUACGGCCAAAUCUUUUAAAUUGUGGCCAAAGAUGCUAAAUUUUUGACAAAUUCAAAAAAAAUAUGGCAAAAUUGAAAAAAUGUGGCCAAGUCUUAUAAAAAAUAGCCAAAUUGAAAAAACACGGCCAAAUCUUUUAAAUUAUGGCCAAAGAAGCCAAAUUUUUGACAAAUCCAAAGAAAAUGUGGCCAAAUCGAAAAGGCUCCCUAUGUGGCCCAAUCUAAUUGCCAACUGUCCACAUUGGUCACAUUUUUUCGAAACGUCCACACUUUGUUACUCAGCCAUUUUUAUGCGAUUUGGUCACAUUGGUCACCUUUCAUGAGACUUGACGAUAUUUCAAAGAGUUUUGCAAUGGUCGCAUUGCCCCAUUCUGAGGAAAUGAAACUUUAGGCUUAGAAAUGGGGGUACUCUUGGUACAGUCCCUAUUUCUCCCCCUACGAACUUCAAUGAUUCCAUUUCAGGCCGUCCGCAAAGACCUCUGUCUCUCUGUUGAAGAAGAAUGUUUCAUCACGAAUGGAAUGAAGUGGCUCUUGUCCUACCAACAACGCGAUGCGAUGCAUUUGGUCACCGAGAAUUGUCGUCAGUCCAAUCCGGUGAGCCCCGACUUCAAGGCAAAGUCUUGCUAUCCCCCCGUGAAGGGGCCACCGCAACCCACCUACGAAAGUUUGCAUUCGUAG